GUGGAGCUGCAGUGGCAGGUUCAUUGUAUGACAAUAGUUGAUUAUAGCUCGAAUCUAAGAUCCUGUAUUUGGAUGUGGAACUUCUUCAAUAAUAUUCGAAAAGGUUGGCUACUGAGAGAUGAUUAGUCUUCACACUUUUCAAUAACAAAAAGGUAUGAAAAUGCAAUUACCAAAGGGUGUACUUGUCAUUUUACAUGUUGCUCCCCAGCACUUUAGGACUUCUAUAAGAGGAGAUAAAGGGGUAGCAUGAUUCUAUGUCGAGCCAAAACCCACAAAGCAAAAGAGAAUUGCAUCAUUCACUUCCACAAACACAGCUUGCCUUUUGAGCUUUGCACCCAAUAACGAAACAUUCAAGCAAAAGAUGGAUCAAAAUGACAUCGUGAUGAAAGUCCAGCAUGUUCACAAGAACAACCACUUCCUCAAAAGAGUUGUGACAUUUGUCAUCUCAAUCUCUCUACUGUCUUUCGUUGUGUGUUAUUCCUCAGGAUACACUCUCUUCCCUCACUCCUUCAACAUCUGCUUCUCCACGAUGCUCUUUUCAAAUUUCACUCGCCCCCUCGAGAGAAAGUUCAUGUUCCUUGUUUGCAAUGGGAUCUUAGUUUUUCUUGCCAGGAGCUCCUCCAGUUUUAGCAGCUCUUCACCAUCUGUGUCUGAUCUUGAUGGUGAUGAUGAAUUGUUCAAGAAACAAGACAGGUCGGCUUUUGAUGAGUCACCUGAGGAUGCGAUCAAAGUUUCAGCUUCUGAAUCAUCUGAAGUUGAAGCUGUGACUGCUGUGAAUGCUGCUACUAUUGGGGAUAAAAAAUACCAGGAAAACAAUCUGUUUCUUGCAGCUGAAGAAGAAGAGGAGGAGAAACUUCAAGCUCAAGGAAAAGAUAAAGAGGAAGAAGAUGAAGCAGAGCAACAAGACGAGCAAAUGUUACAACAAACUGAAUUUGCUAAUACAGGAGUAGAAGAAGCAGAAGGAAAUGAAAUUUGCGUCAUGGAAGACGAUGACAGACUCAGCAAAAAAGAAGAAGAAGAACCAGAAGAAUGUGGCUACUUGUGGAAAGAAACAGAACCACUAGCAGCUGCUACAGGGAGUGAAGAGAUGAUGAGUACAGAGGAGUUGAACAAAAAGUUUGAGGAAUUCAUUAGGAAGAUGAAAGAGGAGAUCAGGAUUGAAGCAAAAAGUCAGCUGAUUGCAGUGUGAUUGCGAGACAAUCAUGUACAUAAUAAGCGAACUAAGCAAAUUCCAUCAAGGGAUUGCCUCUUUUAGGUCGAUGACAACCAAACUCUCAUGUUAUGACUCCUUUUCUUUUGUGAGGUUUGAGGUCAUCAUGUUGUCUCUUUUAGCACUGUUAGUCCUGUCCUGGAUCAAAUAGCAGUUAAGUUUCAUAAACAAAAUGUCUAGCCUUUGUUAUUUUAUCUCCCUCAAGUUAUAUCUCUGUGCCUAGCUCCUAAUGUUCAAUAGGAGUCGGUAUCUGGAAGAAUAAAUUUCUAUGCAUCUUCAUCUUCUUUUUA